UUUGGACCUUCCCGGCCACCAUUGACUUCAACAUGGCUGCCUCCAGGGAAGAACGAGGCUACCGUGAAAACUCCAGACCCUAACUCCUUCGUCGCAUGGAUCUUAGCGCAGAGUUCAAGAGGUGGAAGGCGCAGUGUCUGAGCAAAGUGGACCUCAGCCGGAAGGGCAGUGUGGACGAGGACGUGUUAGAGAUUGUGCAGCUCCUAAAUGGGCAAGAACAGUUUUUCACCACCAGUUCCUGCGCUGGCCGAAUCAUCCUCCUAGACGGGAGUAUAAAUGGUUCUGAGGUUCAGAAACAAAACUGUUCCUGGCUACUGGUUACACACAAAGCCUGUGUGAAAGAUGAUGUGGUGGUGGCCCUGAGGAGAGCGAAUGGCGACGCCAUUUUGAAAUUUGAGCCGCUUGUUCUUCAUGUGCAAUGUCGACAGUUGCAGGAUGCACGGAUUCUGCAUUCAGUGGCAAUAGAUUCUGGCUUCAGGAACUCUGGCAUAACUGUGGGAAAGAGAGGAAAGAUUAUGCUGGCUGUCCGGAGCACACAUGGCCUAGAAGUUCCAUUAAGCCAUCAAGGAAAACUGAUGGUGACAGAGGAGUAUAUCGACUUCCUAUUAAAGAUAGCAAAUCAAAAAAUGGAAGAAAACAAGAAGAGAAUUGAAAGAAGUGAGAAAUACCAGCUUUUUAUCGCCCAUGGUCCCCUAACUGAUCUGAAGAACAGAAAUUCAUUUUCCCAGAGCUGGUCUGAAAAGUUCUGUCAUGAAGAUAACUAUAUACAAGUUGCCCUGUGUCAUGAUAAUCUUGACUACAGAGGUAGAAAAGUGGAAGACAAUUUGCUUUUCUUUGGAGGGGGUGCAGAAAAACAGUUGCCUGAGCAUAUAUUUCUUUUUAUACUCCCAGCUCUUUUUGUUGCCUUUGAAAGUUGAGAAAAUUAUACUUUGAGAAUCGGGCUUUGGAAUGCUGUGUAAAGGGUCAGAGCAUGAGAAGAGAACAUGUAGUUGAGAAAUAAAUUUCUGACUUAUUGAGUAAGAUAGUUUCCCAAAGGACAUUUUAAAAGUUCCCUUAACAAAGAAAAAGAAAAAAAAGUAGUUGAAGUUGUAUUCUUGGCUCUCAGCAUGGAAAAGGUCUUUGUUCCUUUUUUACCACUUGUUUCUUUGGUCCCCCAAGGAUUAUAGCUUUGAAUUCUUAGGUUGUUUAAUGGAAGAUUAGAAGUAAGGCACCUAUUCCUCUUUAAUUACCUUUUUAGUGUGGUCAACAAGGUAUUUUACACAGCUGUUAAUUCGCUAUGCUCAUAAAAGAGGAAUUUAAUCUUAUCUUUAAUUUUCUAGGAAUACAGUAGAAUCCAGAGAAAAGACCUGGUUACCUAAGUUUAAAGAGCAGGGUUGGGUAGAGACUGAUAGAAGAUAAUGUUGAACCUUGUGAAUAGCCUCUUAUGAUCAGAUAAGGGUGAUUCAUACCCUUUUGUAACGUGCUUAGAUUUGUUUUAGAUAAAGUGAGUCAUUCUACUAAGACAUUUUUAAAAAUCAUACUAUGUAGGCAGUGUGGAAAAUGAGAAGAAAACCAAUAAUUGAAGUCACCCAGGAUGAUGGCAAGACCUGGAGACAAAGAUCAGGCCAAGUGUAGAAGUUUUCAUGAAUGUAAAGGACUGAACAGAAUAUUGGUAGAUAAUCCAAGGAGCAGAUAAAGGAGUUUAGCCUGGAAAGGUGUUGGUGAGGCAGGUGAAUUCUUACCUUAUCGUUCACCUCUCUGGUGGGCAGGAUACUGAAAGAAUAAGCAUUCUCCACUUGACAGGAAUGCAGGGCAGUGGUGUGUUUGUGGGGAACCAGGUUUCAGUUAAGUAAGGAUACAAGGAAUACAUUAAAUGAAAAUGUUGUGAACAUGUUAUGGGAUCUAAAAUAAAUACCAGUUUAAAUUUUUCAAAACCUUUUGCUCUAAUUCUUAAAGUACUGUUUUCUCUUUCACUGUACCUCCCUCUUUGAGAUUGAUUUAUUCAUUCUAGAAAUACCAUUUAGCCCUAGUUAUCUGCCAAGAAUGGUGAUGAAUAUCAAGGUAUAUAGUGGUGACUACAUAAGUUCUUAAAAUAUGGGUAGGAAAUGUGGUAAUCAUGUUAGGUAUAUCUUAGCAUUGUGUGAAGUAUUUGGGAAGACGCAAUUAGCUUGGUUUUCUUAGGGCAGUUUCAGAGCUUUUGCAAGUGGAACUUAGCCUCUUUAUUGAAUUAAAAUAAAGAAUGUAAUUGGUGCAAAUAGCAGUCUAUCUUGUAGAUAUAAAAAACUUCCUGUCAAAACCUCCCAUUAUAAUAGGAUAUAAGAGCAUGAUGGAGAACGGAAUGGCAAACCACUUCAGUAUUCUUGCCUUGAGAACCCCAUGAACAGUAUGA